AUGGGUCAGAGCGACCCAGGCCCUGUGUUUCCAGGGCUCGCGCUCUGCGCUCCUGAGUCAGAGCGACCCUGUCAGCCACUGGCGAGGCGUAUGCCGUCGAGCGCAGCCGCUCUGAGCGACCCAGCCAGCCGCUGCACAGGUCCAGAUGUGCUCCGCUGUGUGCUAGAGAGCAGUUCCCAAGAAGACUACUCGGAUUGCCAGGAGGAGGAGGAGGAAGAAGUUUCGGAAGACGAAGACGGGGAGGAAUACAACCCCGAGCACCGCGAGGUCGACGAUGCCUCUUCUCCCUCUUCUGAGGAAGAGUCCGAGGAAGAGCCGCCCAAGGACGAGCCCGAGGACGGGCACGAGGACCGACGCGAGGAAGAGAUCUCCUCAGCCCCGGACCAACGGGAGACGCCGUUGCUGUCGAAAAAUGGUAAAAUCGAGUUGUCCCCCGUGGCCUACGGCCGCCACCGCGGGGCCUUCGCGAUCUGCCACGCCGGGCCGGACCAGACUCCGGGCCCCACGGCCUAUGCCGCGGCCCAGGCCCGCGACAUCGCGUCGGCCUUCCACCUGUUUGUCACACCGGCGAUAGAAAGGAUAAUUGUGGAAAUGACGAACCUGCACGGGGCCAGAAAAUACGGUGACGGCUGGCGACCCAUGGACACCAUGGACCUGCGCGCCUACGUAGAGCUGCUGAUCCUUGCGGGCGUCUACAGGUCCCGAGGCGAGGCCGCGGCAAGCCUGUGGGACGCCGAGAGUGGCAGGACCGUGUUCCGAGCCACCAUGCCGCUCAAGGUCUUUCACAGGUACUCGAGGCUGGUGCGAUUCGACGACCGCCAGUCGAGACCCGCCAGACUCGCCACGGACAAACUCGCAGCCAUACGGGAGGUCUGGGACCUGCUGGCCCUCUACAACCCGGGGUCCGACGUGACGGUGGACGAGCAACCAUUCAGAGGCUGCUGUCCUUUCCGUCAGUACAUCCCCAGGAAGCCGGCAAAAUACGGCAUCAAGUCGUGGGUGGCCUGCGACGCCAAGUUCAGCUACGCUUGGAAGAUGCAAGUGUACACCGGCAAGGCGGCCGGCGGAGGCCCCGAGAAGAACCAGGGGAUGCGCGUCGUCCUCGAUCUGACAACGGGGCGGAGCGGUCGCAACGUCACCUGCGACAACUUCUUCACCUCCUACGACCUGGGCCAGCGGCUCCUCGAGAGGAACCUCACCAUGGUGGGCACGGUGAGAAAGAACAAGGCUGAGCUCCCGCCCGCGCUGCUCGAGUCCAGGGGCAGACAGGUCCUGUCCUCCAGGUUUGCCUUCAUGCCAACCACCACUCUGGUGUCCUACCUGGCAAAGAAAAACAAGAACGUGCUACUUUUGAGCACGCUGCACACAGAGGGCCACAUUAGCGAUCGCCGCGACAGGAAGCCGGCCGUCAUCCUAGACUACAACUGCAACAAGGGCGGCGUGGAAAACAUAGACAAUGUGGUCUUCACCUACAGCUGCAGACGGAUGACUGCCCGCUGGCCCCUGGUCGUCUUCCACAACAUCCUCGACGUGUCCUCCUACAACGCCUUUGUCAUAUGGCGAGAGAUCAAGCCUGACUGGAUGCCUCGCAAGCGGAACAAGCGCAGGGUGUUCCUCGAGCAGCUGGGAAAGGGACUUGUGAAGCCGCUGAUCCAAAGAAGGCAGCAUCUGCCCCGCACCGAAGCGGCGUCAGCGCUUGUCAAAGUCCUACAGAGUGCUGCGGCGGCGCCUUGUGAUCAACAGCGCGAGGGCCCCGCCGCUGGCACGGCCGCUGCCCCGCUCGUUGCCCCGGCCACCGGGGCAAGCAAGAGGAAGAGGUGUCAGCUCUGCCCACCCAAGUAG